AUGGCUCAGAACGUUACACUGUCUCUCACGCUGCCCAUCACUUGCCACAUUUGCCUGGGAAAGGUUCGCCACCCGGUGCUCUGUGCCAACCACCAUGUCUUCUGCUCCAUUUGCAUUGAGGUGUGGCUGAAGAACAACAGUCAGUGUCCUGCUUGUCGGAUCCCCAUCACCCCCGAAAGUCCUUGCAAAGAAGUCAUAGGGGGAACCAGUGAAAGUAACCCCGUGUUUACCCCCGUGGUCAGAAAACAGCUCCGCAAAACCCGGCUUGAGCUCCUUCAUAAAGAGUAUGAGGAUGAGAUAGAAUCUCUGCAGAAAGAGCUGGAGGAGCUGACCGUCAAAAACCUGAGCUUGGAGUCCCAGCUGAAAUCCAUUUUGCACCCUGUGACUCCGGACAUGUCUGACAAAAAUCGAGAGAGCCCCCUUCUCUCGGAUGACGGGAACAAAGCUGCCUGUGAGACUUUGACCACGCUGACCCAGAAGCUUCAGGCCGCUAAUGAGAUGUACGAAAAAGCCAAAGCCGACAUGGAAAAGUUGGCGGAGGUAAACAAGAAACUGAGGUUUGAAAACAGCGGCCUUGUGAGGGAGAACUUGCGGCUAAAGGCUGAGGUUGGAAGUCGAUCGCCCCAGAAGUUUGGACGGUUCACUGUAGCAGCACUUCAGUCCAAGCUUGAUCAAUGCGAGCGUGAGACGAACCGCCUUAAAAAGGCGCUGGAAAGGAGCGACAAGUACAUAGAAGAGCUGGAGUCGCAGGUGUCGCACCAGAAGAGGGACCACGAACCCAUGAAAGAAGAGGCACCGGACAGCGAAGCUGCUGUUCCCAUGGAGGAGAAAGAAAGUGGAAGCACCGCUAAUGAGAACAUGCUCCCGAAAAGCCCGGAAGAGUGCCCGGAUCAGAACUGUUUGUGCACGGCUCACUGCCCCGAUGACGAUCAACCUGGUAGCGGCCUGUUGGGUAGCAGUAAUGAUGUCUGCUUGAAUUCAGCCAGUCAGGGUUGUUCAGAUGAGCCCGUUGCCCAGUGCUCGGCUGGAAGGGAUGUUUUCGCUGACUCCCAGGAGGUUCUCUUGGAUAUAGCUGGUGCGGACAUGGAGACUUGUUCAGAGCAAACGUGGGAUAAAAUUGAGGACUGUGAGCCGUACAAAGACGAGCUUUAUGAACUCCCUGACCCGUGUACGCCCUUAUCUCUCAGUUGCCUCCAGUUGAACACUCCCGGCAGCAAGGAUGACCCACCUGCCAAAGAAGAGAGUCCAAGGAAGCCAUCGACUUUUCUAAGGAAACUGGAAUUUGAGGAUUUUGGGGAUGCGUUGGAUGACGGUCACAAGGACUCUCCGGAGCAUAGUGCUAGCAGUUGCGAGAGCAGCGACAACAAAGAGGCUUGUUUUACCUCUGAGAAGCCAGUGUUCUGGAACAGGUGCCAGACCAACUACGACGAGAACUUGGACUUUGAAAGUUCAGAGCCCUCCACGGCCACCAGCGACUCCGGAGAGUCUUCGGUGAAAUCCAGCGAAAAAGCACACCACACAAACUUGCCUAAAAAACUUCAUUCCGUCCGCUCCUCGGAAAUGAACCGCACCAGGACAUCCAGCGAGGCUUCCAUGGACGCUGCUUACCUGGACAAAAUCUCGGAACUGGACUCCAUGAUGUCUGAAUCGGACAACAGCAAAAGCCCUUAUUAUGUUUCUAAGUCGUCUUCGGACCUGGAGAAUUCCUGCAAGGCGACCCAGUGUCCUGACCUUUUGAAUGAAAAAGAGAAAACCAUGAAGGAGAGGAAUGAGCAGAACUCUCUGAAAUGUCCUCUGGCAGACGAUCCUUCAGCAGAGGGAAAUGAAUGGAAAUCUGCUACUUUUUCAAUCCUUUCCCCCUCUGCGUUAGACAUAAUGGAGCCUUUCCCGCUGUUUGGUGGGCGGACUUCAGAAACGAGCGAAAUAAAACCUCAGAGUUUUUUAUUCCAAAGAGAGCUUUCCCCCAGUUUUUUGUUUAACAACUCUGGAGGGUCAUUUGAAGAACAAAAGCUGGGCUCCUCUCUCUUUAAGGUGGCACCUGAGCUGCAGAACCUCCAGAACCAGCUGCAGUCCCCUUGGUCCUCUUCCUUUGUUCCUGACAGGAAAGCCAAAAGCCUUCAUACAUCGACAAAAAGAAAAAUUCAAAGUAGCUUGUCUAGUGCAAGUCCGUCGAAAACCACCAAGAACUGACUCUUUGUUUCUUAAACAAAACAAGAUUGAGUGCCCGUAUUAAAU